CAAAAUCGUCCGGCAACAAGGAAGCACGCCACUACUUCUUUGCACUUCGCACAAGUCUAUGGAGCGGAUUGAAUUGAUUGCAACAGGGUAAUCGAUUCCUUUCUCCACUUCCGCAAGAAACCUCUGAACUGGCGUCGACUUGUUGAUUUGUUGUUCCACUGGAUUUGCUGUGCUCUUUAGCUUGGUAAUUUCGUGUUGGGAGCUAGGGUUUCGUUGGAGGCGAGGGGGAUGGGGAGAUGGGUAAGGAGUUGCUUGCAAUCGAUGCUGAAGAUGGUGAACUCCGUGAUUGGGUUGUUGGGGAUGGGAAUGAUCAUGUAUUCCAUGUGGAUGUUUCGAUCCUGGUACAAGCAAUUCGAUGGUUUUCCUUCUAGCUUCGAUUCCUCUCCUCCAUGGUUCAUUUACAUUUUUUUUGGUCUGGGCAUCUUCCACUGCUUGAUAACCUGUGCUGGUCUCAUUGCAGCUGAAACAGUUAACAUCCACUGUCUUUCUUGUUACAUGUCAUUUGUCUUUCUGCUAAUCGUUUCGGAAAGUGCAAUUACUGCUGAUAUAUAUCUGAAUAAAAACUGGGAGGAGGUAUGUAUUUCUCUGAAUGAUUCUUUUGUUGGAUUCUCUUUUUUAUUUUGUGCACUUCAUAUAUCUUGUUUUAUUCUUUCUCUACACCAGGAUUUCCCAGAGGAUCCAACUGGUAAAUUUGACGAGUUAAAGAAAUUUGUGAGAUCAAAUCAGGAAAUGUGCAAAUGGAUAGGUUUGCUAAUUGUGGCUGCACAAGCAUUAUCUAUCAUCUUGGCUAUGGUGCUAAAAGUUCUUGGGCCCAACAUUGAAACCGACUAUGACAGUGAUGAUGACUACAUCCCUGCUAGGCUCCCGCUUUUGAGAAACCAAUCUCAACCCAAUUUAACUCUAAAGAACUAUUCCUGGAAUGUCAAACUUUGAACAAAUUUGACAAUUACCUGUGCCUCCCCUCCCAAAGAAUAUUAAAUUUUGGUUGGUGGAGACUUUCAGUGCUGGGAUGCAAGUUACUUUUGUCUUGUGCUAACUAUUUUCAGAAUUGUUCCUAACAUAAUACUUUUCAACUUUCUGAUCCAUCAGUGUAGCUCUGCAGUUUGUAUCCAAGAGCGUGGCAAGUAUUUAUUUUUUUAAUUACAGCCACCUCCAAAAUAAAAUUUGCUCUUCAUGUUGCAGCUUCA